AUGACGCAAAGUCCCUUGGGUGAAUCUGAAAACCCACCUGUUUUGGUGCUUACGUCCCUUCGGGAGUCGCAUCCUUUCCAGGAACGUAGGAUUAUUCUCAAUGAAGUGAUCAAAGUGGGUCGUUCCGUUGCUCGGCUUAAGCCUGCUCCAAAUAAUGCCAUCUUUGACUGCAAAGUGCUUUCACGAAGCCAUGCCUUAAUUUGGUACAAGGAUGGCAAAGUAGGCAUCCCUUUCUGUUGCAUGAGUUAUUUCGCAUUUCAGUUUUGGUUACGAGAUACAAAUAGUAGCAAUGGAACGUUCGUCAACAACACACGUGUUCACAAAAAAGUUGGAGAAGAUUUUUCCGAUCGUGAAAUUUUCUCUGGGGAUAUCAUCCGUUUUGGUGUGGAUGUAGUCGAGCGCGAUACGACUCAUGGAUGCAUCAUUGCUCAGGUCACGUUAUAUUUGGGUAGUGGAUGUGAAGCAAAACCAAACUAUGAUCAAACCGGGGUUAUCAACGGUAUAGCAGGCGCCAACGCAUUCCACUCUGAGCAGGUUUUCCUUCUGUUCCACCUGGCGAAUGAGGCGUUAUUCCGUGAACGAUCUCUUGUUGAUAAACUUGAUAAACUUAAACGAGUGGUGGAGGAUAUCCGUGAGAUGUCAGAUAGCGGUUGGCAGGCAAUGCUUCGGGAAGAUCGUUUAUUGGGGAAGUUGGCGUUGUAUGAAAGCCAAUUGUCCAUGCUCAAAGAGGUAAGUACGAAGAAUGCUCAACCAGUCAAAUGCAUCUGUCCUCAGAAUCUUCCCCAAGAUUCGCUGCAAAAUCAUUUGUGCCAGGCCCUGGAAGACAAGAUGAACUUGGAGGAGGCCAGCAAAGUUAUGCUAGCCCGAAUACUUGACGAAAAGACUGAGGCGAUGACCAAAGCAGCGGAUCUAGAGAAUUCUCUUGCUGAUUCUGAACGAGAGUGUGCCAGAUUGCGCGAAGUGUGUGAAAAUACUCAGGAAGCUUAUCGUACAAUUGCUGAUGAAUUCCAAGCGAAAGUGCAAGAACUGGAGCAGCUAGAACAACAGUUGAAGACUGUGACCAUGGAAAAAGAAAAUUUGGAAUCCCAGUUGAAAGAACGUGUCAGGGAGGCCGAGGCAUUACAGGAUGUAAUGUCCAAUGUGAAGUCUAACAUGAAAAACCGGUUCACCAAAGUGCCUUCGUCGAACGUGGACGACAUGAAAGAGUCCGCGCCGGCAGUUAAUGGUUUGGAAAACGGCCCAACGGAAAAUGCGGAACAGCUUGAUGCUCGUCUGUCAUCCAUUAAGGAAGAAGUGUGUGAAAUUCGAGAUAAAGUAAACAUUGCAGAAAGGCUCCAGUCCUCACUAAAUCAACGUGUGGAUGCUGCUCGUGAUGAAAUGAUCAUAACCGAGCUGAACGAAUUGGAUAGGUUAUGUGAAGUCCAAGAACUCCUCGCCAAUUCGGAAGCUAAUUUCGAGCAAAUGCUUGAUUCCACAAGUGACUGCAUUUCCACGCACUUGUCGGACAGUGUGCGACAGUUCAAUCAAUCAAUGCAAUUGAUCAGGUCCCUACAAGAUGAACUUUCCACACUGUCUGAACUGAAAUCUAAUUUGAUGCGCGAAAUAAAGAAGACCGGUUCGGUCUCUGCUGUCAGCUGUGAUACAUCGAGUUCCCUAUCUUCUACGGAAUCUGAUCGACCCAAUCAGUCAGACGAUGUUUCCUCUCAGCUGGAUGGAAAUGUUAUGAAUGACUCAGAGUUCUCGACUGUAUUGGAUCGAGCCAGGCAGUUGGCAGCUCGAUUAGCCUCGUCUCAAGCUCGUGCUGAACACAAUUUGAAUAAAUACUGUGUACAGCAGGGCCGCCAAAAAGCGCCAAAUAUUUGCCACACAUCAGGUGAUGUGUGUGCCUCACUCUCGUCGAAAGCAGACACUUCGGAAAAAGAUUACGAAAGCGUGGACAAAAUCACAGCUGAGCCCAAAGCGACGGUUUUGGCGGCUCCCGUCUCGGUCGUCGAAUCACAGUCUGUUCUCAAUUCAAGGAGCGCCGAGGCGGAGUCUUCGGUGGAUGAAAGUGAACUGUCUCUAUUACGCCGUAAGUUAUCAAAGUGUUGUGUAUUGUUUUUUUAUUAA